AUUAUAUCCUCCCGGUGCCUUUCAACUUGGCACCGACGAUGCCCCAAGCAAUAAUCUCUCCAUCGGUCCUUGCCAGUGACUUCGGUCAACUGACGGCUGAAUGCAAACGAAUGAUUAAGGAUGGUGCAGAUUGGCUACACAUGGGUAUGUUCCGGGGAUUCUAUCACCUCGUUUCCAACGAAAUUCACCCUCCGUGUCCAGAUGUCAUGGACGGCCAUUUUGUGCCCAAUAUCACGAUGGGUGCCCCGAUUUUGUCUUGUGUCCACAAAAGCGUACCGGGAAUUUUCAUGGAUUGCCAUAUGAUGGUCUCCCAGCCCGAGAUAUGGAUCAACGACGUCGCUAACGCAGGAGGCGCUUUAUAUUGUUUUCACAUUGAAGCGGCAUCCGAUCCUAUAUCGCUCAUCAAAGCCAUUCACGAUCGCAAAAUGAAAGCUGGUGUGGCCAUUUCACCAGAUACUCCUUCCCUCGCCAUUACGGACGAGAUCGGUCAUUCUGCCGAUAUGCUUCUAGUUAUGACGGUUUAUCCCGGCCGCGGAGGCCAAAAGUUCCUCGAGCGUUGUGUUCCCAAAGUCGCUGAACUCCGGGCUAGAUUCCCUGAAAAAGAUAUCGAAGUAGAUGGUGGCGUCGGCCCCAAGACUAUUGACGUCUGUGCUCAAGCCGGAAGUAACGUCAUCGUUGCUGGAACAGCCAUCUUCGGUGCAGAUGAUCCAAAAGCGGUCAUCAAGACACUGAGAGGCACCGUGAACACCGCUCAAGAUAAGCUACGCCCCUGA